UCGAAUAUUAUCAUUUGACAUUUAUCAAAACUCAAAAGUAAAACUCUAUGGUUCAUGAAAUAUUUUUGCUAACUUCACUAUUUCGUUUUAAUUCAAAGUAAUAAUUAUUAUUCGUUACAAAAAUGCUGAUGGCGUUAAAUCGGCAUAUGUUACAUAAUAGCCUUUUAAAGGUUCAACAACAUAUUGCAACCUCUGGUACCACAUUAAAAGCAGCCGCAUCUACUGCACUGAUCAAUAACAAUGUAACUCAGACAGUUAGAUCUAUUUCAUCUCAACAGCAAUCAUCCUCUUCAGACAGUGAUGGAGACGAUACUUUAAAAAAAAAUCCAUACUACAAUACAUAUGCUGAAAAAUUGCGUGCUCUUAAGAAAAAAGAUACUGAUGCAUACCGUGCAGCUCUACAACGUUUACGACAAGAUCAACAAAAAGCUGACAAAACUGUUGAUGAAGCCGUAGAAACUGUUUCAGAUGUAUCUGAUCAAACUGACAGUAUUGCAACUAAAACUCCAGCAAAACCUAAACGUAAACUAUCACGAUCACUACAAGUUAAACCAAAAACUCUAGAUCAAGUUAUGAACAUGGAAUUAUUACGCGAUAAAUCAUGGCGAGAUGUAACUGAAAUAUGGUUAGCAUACCAUAGAAAACGCGAUGAAACAUUAAGUGCUGUUAUUCCUUUAGAUCAGUUUAACUUAUUUUACAACCAAUCGACUAAAUAUCCAAUGUUCAUUUUACCACUUCCACGCAAUUCUAGUGGAUACGAGUUCAUAUUUGCUCAGUUUCAGCAUUACCAAGAAUACUCAACGUCCAACUGUACAAUACACUUGACACCAUUAAUUAGUUAUCAGACUUACAAUGAAAAUGCUCCAGAAUGUAUGACAGUGGAAUACUAUACAGAUCUUUGCAACAGUGAUAAAACUACAGACAAUGAAGAUUCGAAUGAUGAGAAUUAUGUUUUAAUGAGGGCGACAUAUGAUGGAAAAUUGUUAUCAGCUACUGAAGCAGCUUGUCUUGUCAACCAAUUGCGUAUAUUCUAUGGAAUAGAUGCUGGGAGUACAGAAAAAGAAAGGCUUUUAAAAUUAUUCAAUGAAGGCGACAAGGAUUUCAAACACUCUGAGGUCAUCUCUUUGGUAGAAACGUUAAGCAUUUCUUAAUGACUCCGCUCGGCUGUAGAACUCUUCUUUUUGUUUAUAUUCAUGUUUGAUUUUGUGUAAAACAUACCGUUUAUGAAUGCGUGUUUAAAAUAAACACUGUUUAGUACAAUACUCAAUAAAAUAUAUUAUUACAAUAAUAAUUUA